UGGAUCAUCAUCUCUUUCUCAUAAUAACCCUUUCUCUCAUAUUCUUAAUUAAUAUCUCAUUCGUUCUCUCUCAUAAUAAUCCAAGAUGGUGAUGAGCGCCGAAGCUGCCCGGAAUGUCGUCGGUAUCAUUGGGAAUGUUAUCUCCUUCGGCCUGUUUCUUUCCCCAGUCCCAACAUUUUGGAGAAUCAUCAAGAGUAAGGCAGUGGAGGAAUUCAAGCCAGAUCCUUAUCUAGCAACAGUGCUUAAUUGUGCCCUAUGGAUCUUCUACGGGAUGCCCUUUAUUCACCCUGACAGCCUCCUUGUCGUCACUAUCAACUCAGUUGGCCUUGUCCUUGAACUCAUUUACCUUACCAUUUUUUUCAUCUAUGCUACCACUGAAGGACGUAGAAAGGUAGUGAGAUGGUUAUUUUUUGAGCUUGUUUUCUUCGGAGGGGUGGUUGCCUUAGGACUCUUGGUUUUCCAUGGCACUACAAGAAGGUCUCUAUUUGUUGGGAUUCUUUGUGAUAUUUUCAACAUCAUUAUGUACACUUCUCCACUCACUAUCAUGUCAAAAGUUAUCAAAACAAAGAGCGUGGAGUACAUGCCCUUUUACUUAUCUUUGACCAAUUUCCUCAACGGUUCUUGCUGGACUGCUUAUGCCCUAAUCAAGUUGGAUAUCUAUGUCUUGGUAAGCAAUGGGUUGGGUGCAAUUUCUGGGGCUGUUCAACUCAUCUUGUACGCAUGCUACUAUGGUACAACUCCUAAGAAGGGAAGUGGUGAAGUCGAGCUCUCUGCCGCUGACAGAGUUUGAUUAAUUCAUUCAAUUCAACCCUUUUAUAUUUGGGCAUUAAUAUUUAGAUAUAUUAAUUUAGACACAAAUUAGCUUUUUUAGUUAUUUUUUUCUAUUUAUUUUUUACUCAAUUAUUAUUGUUACGUACUGGUUUUUUCUUUUUUUAUAUUAAUAUAUUAGUUUUUUAGUUUA